CGUCUGUUACGGUUUAGAAUAUAGGAAUGUUACCACAUGAUAAAAGAAACGGCCUGUAUGCAAUAUACAAUUCUUAAAAGAUACGUGUUUUUUAAGAUUCCAAUCUAUUCAUACUUAUACACAACUAUUUUACAAAGUGAUGUCACUUGUCCGUCAAACGCUGAUAAUACCAAAGGCCGAUAAUACCAAACGCCAAUCCAGAACCUGUUGAAGUUGAAUAUUUACAUUAUUGUUGCUACUUUGUUGACAAUAUUGGUUAAACACGAAUACUAGGUGACUCAGAAUGUCUGGAGACUCUAGAGGCUUCGUUUUAUCUCUUGAUGUGGGUACAACAACUCUUUCUUGUCACUUAUUUAAUUCAGCUUGUGCGUCAGUAGCAUCUUCUAGUCAAUAUGUUAGACUGCUUUAUCCAAAACCUGGUUGGGUAGAAAUAAAUCCUGAUGAACUGUUUAGUGAUGUUUUGGAAGUCGUUAAUCAAACUAUAAAAAAAGCAAACGUAUCUAUUGCCGAUAUAAAAAGUUUUGGAAUAGCCACUCAAAGGGCCACCUUCAUCACAUGGAAAAAAGAUACAGGCGAACCUCUACACAAUUUUAUAACAUGGAAGGAUCUCAGAGCGGCAGAGUUCCUGAAAGAUCUGAAUUCGUCUUGGCCAACAGUUAUGUUGAGAUGGAGUUGCUAUUUCCUCUAUCUCUUCACUAGAAUCAAAAAGUUUGGAGUAGGAGGUAAUUUCAAGAUUGAGUGUAAGCAUGUAACGGGAAGACUUCUAUGGAUUAUUGCAAAUAUAAGUGAAGUUAGCAAGGCUUUGGAGAGUGAUAACUUAAUGUUUGGUACUAUGGACACUUGGUUGAUAUAUAAGCUAACUGGAGGAAAAACGUACGUCAGUGAUAUAUCGAACGCUAGUUGCACAGGAUUUUAUGAUCCUUUUGAUUUAGGAUACGGAAUUUUGGCUAAAUUACUGAAAAUUCCUGUAAACAUUCUUCCAAAGGUUGUUGAUAAUGACUAUGAGUUUGGAUCUACAUUGAAAGAUUUUUUUGGAAUGCCUUUAAGAAUAGGAUGUGUGAUGGGAGAUCAAUCAUCGUCCAUGUUUGGUACGUGCAGUUUCAAAACAAAUGACGUUAAAGUAACUCUGGGUACAGGAUCAUUUCUCAACAUCAAUACGUCAGGCAAACUCCAUCCUAGUUUGAAUGGAAUAUACCCUAUAGUUGGAUGGAAAAUAAAAAAUGAAAUUACAUUUAUUUCCGAGGUUUCCUGUAAUGAUGCCGGUUCUCUAAUUCAGUGGUUACUGCUAAAUGGAUUCGUUCAGUCUCCUUCUGAAACAUCUGAAAUUGCAUCCAAAGUGGAAGAUAGUAAUGGAGUGUACUUCGUACCCGCAUUUAGUGGUUUAGGGCCUCCUAUAGGUGACGAAAAAGCUGCUGCUGGUUUCAUAGGUAUCACACCAACCACGAAAAAUGCUCACAUGAUACGAGCAGUUUUGGAAAGUAUAGUUUAUCAGUUAGUUUUAGCGUUUGAGUUGCUAAAAAAGGAACGUGUUGGAAUAUACCGUUCUUUAAGAAUUGAUGGAGGUGUCUCCCAAAAUGAUUUCAUAUGCCAAAUGUUGGCAGAUCUAGCCGAUAUAUCAGUAGAAAGGUCAGGAUUUGCAGAUAUGACUGUAAGGGGUGUUGCAUAUAUAGCAGGACUUUCAAGUGGUGUCUGGAAGGAUGAAACAGAAUUUCAGGUUAAUUCUGACCUGAAAAGGGUAUUUAAACCUACAACUUCUUUGAAUGAAAAGGAAAAAUACAAAACAAGUUUCAAACAGUGGAUAUUGGCAGUUGAGAGAUUCAAAUUUUGGUACAAGAUGUAACAUUUGCUUAUAACAUAUAACAAAUUGAGAUACAUUAAAAUUUAUAUAUGUUUUUAAA